CUACACCCUAUGUCUUCCGUGGCAUAAGUAUCCCUAUACCUUGAAUUCCCACCAAAUUUCCUCAACAUCCCUCUAUCCUGAACUGGUUUCCUACUCUAUGUUGGGGAGGUCAGACGGCAGUCGCUCCUUGUAAAACCAGUACCCGCCAUUUAACAUGGAAAAGAAGAAAAUAAUUUUAGGUACAAUGUCUAGGGCGUCGCCGCAAAACGACGCGCAGGCACAUCGCCCUAAACCUGCGACAAGUGGGAAAGGGCUACCGUGUCAAGUACGGGCACGGCUAAAGAAGCAAGUACCUAAAAAGAAGCUCCGCUUUGCCACCUGGAACAUCGGCUCUCUCACAGGUCGCUCCCUUGAACUGGCUGACGUACUGACGAGGCGCAGGGUUUAUGCUGCAUUCUUGCAAGAAACUCGUUGGAAGGGGAACAAGUCCCGUGAUAUUGGACUGGGUUACAAGUUGAUCUACUCCGGCUCCCCCUCAGGAAAGAACGGUGUGGCCGUAGUACUGUCCGAGGAAUUCCAGAACAGUAUUCUAAAAGUCGAUAGACUGAGCGACCGACUUUUUCGGGUGAAGCUACUGAUAGAAGGAGUAAUUAGCGCCUACAUUCCACAGGUCGGCGGCUCUGAAUCGGAGAAGGAAUCCUUCUGGAAGGACUUGGAAGACAUGCUCCGCUACAUUCCCAACACCGAGAGCAUCGUGAUAGGUGGAGAUUUGAACGGCCAUGUUGGUGAGGAGUCGCGUGAAUAUGGACGAGUACAUGGCGGCUACGGUUAUGGUCGUGAGAAUGCAGAGAGAGAUUCAAUUCUCAGCACCUGCUUAUUAUCAGACCUUGCCAUUGUUAACACUUUCUUCCAAAAGAAACCCGAGCACCUCGUCACCUAUAAAAGUGGGCCGCACUCCACCCAGAUCGACUACUUGCUCAUAAGAAGAAGCCAAAUUGGUAGAGUGACCAACUGCAAAGUAAUUCCUGGGGAAUGCCUCACAACAGAGCACCGCAUCCUUGUCAUGGACAUGCUGGUAGUAUCAAGCAAAAAAGUGCCUGAACGAUGCAGACCUAAAAUUAAAUGGUGGCUGUUGAAUGGACCAAAACAGCAUGACUUCUUGAACACCAUUGGAAAACAGGUCCUUGGCACUUCGAAGGGAGGCCGCGUCAUCGACAAGGAGUCGUGGUGGUGGAACAGCUUAGUACAGGAUGCAGUUCGAGAGAAAAAGACACAGUUUAAAAAGUGGCAAGAGACCAAAUCUCCUGAAGACCGGGACGCGUAUAAAGCAGUUAAAUUUGCCACCAAACGAGCAGUUGCCAAAGCCCGCUACCAGACGUUGUCAUCUCUUUAUGACACGCUUGAGACAAACGAGGGCCAAAAGACUAUCUUCCGUUUGGCAAAAGCUCGGGAGAAAGCGAUAUAA